CUUUGCUUCUAGCAUUUCUAAUGCCCAGGAGUGGCUAAUUAACAUAGGGCCAUGUCAAAAUUACAAUUUUCCAAAAAAUAAUCACCGCUAUUGAUUUUUCAAGAUAAAAAAAAAAAACGAUUAUUAUUUAUCAUUUUAGUAUAUACCAGACCUCAGUAGAAAUUGAUCUUAUCCGUGUAGUACUAUUCCAUAGAUUUGUUUGCAUCCAAACAUUUGUUAUGGGUAGGUGUUUGUCAAAAAACUUUUAACAUGUCUCUACUAAAAGAUACAUCGAUUAUAUUGAACUUCUAAUAUUUGUUUUAUUGACACGAGACAAAGCCGACUUGUUUUAGUGUAAACAUAACCCAUCUAGAGGACACAACACCACCGUGACUGGUCACUCGUGGAUAUUGUGUUUGGUUUUAAAACUUCAAUCAUGAAGGGUUUAUGUGUCUUAUCAGCAUUAUUAAUGAUACUGACAUAUUGUGUAUCAUUAGAAUCGGGGGAUAGUUGCGCGAAUUCAAAGACACCCUUAAAUUUGAUAAGAAAGAAGAGAUAUCUUACUUUUCCGGAUCAUUCAAAUGUUGUGCUAACAAUUUCCCUGGUGAAAGCUUUUAUGACGCACGCACCGUCAGGCUGGAAUAUAGCUAUUGAGAUUGACGUCAUGUAUCCCAUGUUAAAUAUGAAUGAAACGAACAGACUCUUCCGUAAGAAGUAUCAUUACAGACAGAAACGAGAAUUCUGGGAGAGACUGGAGAAUGCUGUUGAGUUCCACAAUUUGAAUGGAAGAUCGUGCAUACUACGUAGUGUAUGUGAGGCUGAUACGUCGUUGGCGGUACCAGGGAAGUCACUGGUGCAUGAUAUACUUAGAGCUGUAUUCACGGCGCCAUUGCACGAUGAAGAUUUUCAAGAUGAAAUAAAAAGCACUUACGCCGAACUGUCCGAUCCGAGUUUUUGUAGCAAGCCAAACGAUUGUCCUUUUUCCUUUUUGGAUUUUGUUUUGUCUCUAAAUGAGCGGUAUUAAUAAAUUGUAACAAAGUAA